CUCCCCACACGCAUACCUCUUCCCUCUUGGUUGGGGCUUUACCUGCAGCUUCCGCUCCCUCCAGCGCCUCUUCCCAAACAGGAGGGAGAGAGCAGGGCCUGUGAUCCAUGACAAACCAGGAAGUGGAGCAGCAAGCUGCGAAGGAGGGCGCCGAAGCCACUGAGAUUAGGGACGGAGUUUGCCGGACUGCAAAACUAGGAGGCUAAACCCUCCCGCUACACUUGGCUUGGCUCAGUGUCCCGAUGGCUUCUCCUGGGGAACCUCUGCCUGAAGAUAUUGCAGCAAAAGAACCAGUGGAGGAUACAGAUCCUAGCACUUUAUCUUUGGAAGAGAUAGAAAAAUAUCCUGUUCAAGAUACAAGUUCACCAAAAAAUGAGGAAUACCAAACCGAAAAGGCAACAUUGGAAAUAGCAUCCAUUAACACUAGAAGCCUAACAUCAGACUCAGGCCUGAUACAAAAGCCAGGCGAGGAUGAUGAUAGCCAAGGCAAUACUGGUGAAUCACUCACAGCAUUAAAGAAAUCAUACACAGAAAAUGGCACCUGCUCGUUAUGUUUGUCUCGCCAACCAACCAUCAGCGAUUUGCUCAAUGAUGAGGACUUGUUGUAUAUGAUGAGGAUAAAGCUGGAUCCAUCCCACCCAACAGUGAAAAACUGGAGAAACUUUGCAAACAAAUGGGGAAUGACCUAUGAUGAAUUGUGCUUCCUGGAACAAAAACAACAGAGUCCCACCUUGGAAUUUUUGCUUCGGAACAGCGACAGGCCUGUGGAGCAGCUGAUUGAUCUAUGUAAAUUGUACCAAAGAGCUGAUGUUGAAAAAAUGCUUCUAAAUUGGGUGGAGAAAGAAUGGCCAAAGAGAGACCGUGGAACCUAUCAGAAUAACUUCUAAAGAAGAAAAAAUGCCUAAUCUAUAUUAUUUCUACGGUGGAGAAAUAAUGGGCCCCUUCCGCACGGGCCAAAAAUCCAGGUGAGAGGCGGGUUACAUGAACCCGUCCCCACUCCCAUUUGCAUGGCUGGCCAACUCAUGGACAGCCAGCCAUGCGAAUGGGGCAUGCACUGUUUGCACGGUGGCGCAUCCCUUUCUCCCUCCCUGGCUGCCUUUCCUUUUCUCCACUGCCUGCCUGCGAAGCACAGCUGCGCAGGAAAGCAGGAGCAACCCCCCCAGGCCAUGGAACAGCCCGUUUCCCCUCCCCAACUCUGCAGAAGAGAGCGGGGGGGGGGGGGAGCAAACUGUGAUUCUUUUGUGUUAAUGUGCCUCACAGCUGUGGCCAUUCACUUGGGCUAUGGCUGUGAGGCACAUUAACACAAAAGAAUUGCAGAUAACAUGAUUACCAAAUAACCAGGGCGGGUACCGUGCGAAGUUCCCACCCAACGCAGGUUUUAUCCCACCCCUGAGCCGCUUUUAUUGACCCGUGCGGAAGGGGCUGUAGAGUGGCAGGGCUUCAUGUAUUGGUGUAUAUCUCCUUUGUUAGUUCAAGGAGCCACAUGUUCAUUUUUACAGCAUGAAUUGUUUAAUAUAUCUCAGUGUCUUCAUGAUUACAACUACAGUCUUUAAAUGUGAACCAACUUUCAAUCUAGUGUUUGGUGCUGAUUUUUUUUUCAGUGCAGCUAAAGAAGAAUGAAAACUGCAGAACACUGUUGGCGCUUUCAUUUAAAUCUUCAGCUGUUAUAAAGGGAAGCAGACCAGAAUAUCAUUCUGGAUAUUUCUGUAUGGCUUUCUUCUAUCUGUUCAUUCAUUUGUAUCUGCAGAUAUGUGUGUGAAAUGAGUCAUAUCUUUCUGAAAUAUUAAUAUAGGAGUACCUCAAGCUCUUUACUUCUCUUUAAUACCAGUGUAGCUUUCGUUUCAUUGCCUUAGUCCCGGAUUGUCAGUUUCAUCCUGUUUUGGGGGCUUCGGAUCAGUAAACACUUUCCCUUGAAGGGUGACUUUUCAUAUGCUAUUGUCUAACUAUCAAAUAUAAUGCCGAUCUUUCAUGUUCUGACACGCUAAAUUAAAAUAAACUCUGAUCUAUAUAGGAA